GUUGGCCAAUUGAAUUCGUCUUUUGUGCAGCUUUCCGUAUAUAAUUUUCUUCAACAACUAAAGCUUCUCAACUACACCAAAGAAAAACAUCAAGCCAACAUGGGUUUUCUUGCCGAGCGCUUUCAUCUGAUGUUCAGAGACCAGCAUCUGGAGAUGGACCCAGAAGUUUCUUUUUCGAGAAGCAAGCAGAACAGGAGUACGGCAACCAGCGUCACCAGCCAUCAGGUUUUACUAGAGUUCCAGUUCUCUGUUCGGGAUCAGCUGCCGCGGAAAAUCGCCACAUCAUUCAAGGACAAGGCUUUGCUUCUCCCAGAGGACCUCUCAGCGACGACGGAACCUCCUAGUGCUUCCCAUCAUGCUGCAAUUGGCUCCUCACAACCACGCACGAAAAUGCCUGCUCAUGCUGUAAAACAAGUACAAGAGAAAACAACUACCGAUGCUGGCGCUGCGGCCUCUAGUUUCGUCACUGCCCCUUCGGAGAGGACGCCGCAAAACGACCACAACGCACCAGCGAAUCGCGGGAGCACUAUUGCCUCGACCUCCAUCACCAUCAAGACGUCCCAUCACAGUAAACUGGACCCGAACACGUUGUUCGCGCAUCCGAGUGUGAAAAGAUUGAAGACGCAGCACAAAAACAUGAUGCCUGAUCGUGCUGGCGCCUCAAGAUCAUCUUCAUCAAUAUCUCCUACCAUUGGUAAAAGCGCAGCAGCACCAGAAGCUGCCAAUCCUGACGACGACAACAGCAGCAGCAGCACGACAAAGAACCUGCAAAAUAAAAACCUCCUUUUCCACCUGUCCACCCUCCCGAAAGACCGGAAAAACCUCACGAAAGAGCAGAAGGAGCUUUUACAAGCCACCCAAUUCUUUGACGUCGGCGGAAUGCUGUCCAGCUUCACCAAUGCCAUGCCUUUUUAUGAGAGUGCACAACUCCCCCUCCCCCUCAUUUGUAUAGCAUGAACGGCAAUACAAGGGUCAGCAAGAAUGCCGGUUUUGUACGACAAAUUUCCACAGGAGUGUCGUGCUGUUUAGGCUUCCGGAGUUUGUCAUGCAAACAGUGCCAAGAAGCACAGUUUGGAUUUUGUAUUAUACAUUACAAAUGAGGGGGAGGGGGGGUUGUGUAGUCUCAUACCUUUCUCGCCGAAAUUCUCGGCACCGCCUUGCGCGCGAAUUUAGCGCUCGGCACCGUGGUGGCGAAGGUGUUGAAAGGGCCACUGAACUUCAUAAAACAGGGCGCGAAGUAUCAUGUGCAAAAGUAUCGUAGUACUCGUACCAAUUGUUGCUAUCAUGCAUGACAAAUGUCCCUUUUUAGGUAAAUCAGCAUUACAAAUUCCAUUUUUUCCUUGGAAAAAAUUUGUGAUGCAUUUUUGAUUAGUGCGAUACUUUUGUAAUGCAUACGAACGUUGCGGGGUCGAUUAUGGGCCCAACGACCUCUGCUGCGAUGGCGACCAUGGUGAAGGAGCAGAUGACGUAUCCACAGUAAAUUUCCCGUACACGUACAAAUGCAGUCUCUGCAUGACAAAACUUGCCUUCGAUCCUAGUCCAGCAUGACAAGUUGUACACUGCAAGUUAGCGGAAUUUGUCAUGCAUUUUGUACGUGUACGGGAAAUUUACUGUGGAUAUGACGCCGGAAAAGAUUGAGUCCUUCUUCCCUCCGAUUCAAAACCCCCGACACUGGAUAUGCAUUGCAAAUAUGUCUGGGUCUGGCUGAUUGCAACUUGUGAUGCUACCUUUGGAAUCUACAUGAAAUCUGUAUUGCAUGAACAGCAAAGGAGAUGCAAUUUGUGCUACGCGGAGAAGCAAAACAUUGAUUUCUCAUGCGGUAUGAGCAUUAGAAAGCCCUCAGAGAAUCUCGGAUGCUAGGGCAUGCAUCACAGACCUCAUAGGUCAUGCAAAAUCUGCAUGACUUCCAGGAAGCCCAGACACUUUUGCAUUUGAUACUGGAUCAAGCACCACAACUUCGCUUUAGACCAGGGCCAGAAGUUCAUGAUUAUGGAUCGCUCUCCGUUAAUCCAGUUCACCGACUUGUUCAACCUCAACGGGCGCUUCGGCUGCCUAUCCUGUGCAAAAGUAUCGUACUCGUAGCAAUUGCUAACAUGCAUCACAAAUAUAGCAUUACAAGUUCCAUUUUUUCUUCUUGAAAAAAUUUGUGAUGCAAGUUGUACUAGUACGAUACUUUUGCAAUGCAUACUGCCAUGCUGGAGACGAUUUCCAGCAAAAGUUCUGGUGGCACCAUAUGGCGUGCUCAAACGUUACAUUCUCAACUGUUGCAUGAGGUUGUGAUGCAAAAUUACCAUAUAGCAACCCCAGGAUCAAGCCGUUUUGCGUUUUGCAUGACAAAUUCCACCCCAUCAAGGGCUAAACAGCAUCUAAAUCUGUGUGGAGUUUGUAAUGCUAGAGGCGCAACCCUGCUCUCCCUUUGACUUUAUUUGCUAUUCUUGCAUUACAAAUUCAUGCAAACAUUUGAGAGUGUAACAACUGAGUAGAGUUCCAUACACCACCCCCAGAUCAGGUUUGGAAUCCCGUUGGGCGAGAUCAAAGUCACUCUGCAAAACGACUUGACGGGAGAAAUCAAGUGGGACGCGGUUUACGAUUUGGGGAACAGCACUUUUCUCCGCCACGACGCCGAACCCCUGACCGGGAAGCACCCCUUUUUCGUGCCGGAUUGGUGCGACAUCGGCGGCGGGGUUUCCAUAUCCGCUACAAGAAAAGCGUCGUAGACAUAGACGUGUAAAAAUCGCAUGACAAACUUCUCUAGCAUGAGAAAAGAAAUUUGUGAUGCAGAUUCACCUAUUCGAAUGAGAUUUGUGUUGCAUGAUUUUGCAAUACCGAUUUGUACGAGUGCGAUGCUUUUCAACGGCAUAUUCCAGCGGCUCUCUGUCCUCGACCAACGGUGCGGGGGCGACUACGAAUCAUUAUCAAAUGCAAAUAUGCCUGGGUCUGGAAGGAUUCGAAUUUGUGAUGCGAGGUCUACAGCAUGACAACAUCUGUCAUGCAUGGCCAGCAAAAGGCCCCGCUUCUUGUUUCCGAGAGAGGGGAUUUGUCAUGCUGAUUAGAAGGCAUUGGGGUAGCUGCUCAACAAAAUCUAAAUCUGUGAUGCUAGAGCUCGCAUGCCAGACGGUCUGGGGCAGGUAAAACCUGCAUGACAGAUCUCGCAUUCUCCCAGUCCCAGGCAUAUUUGCAGUUGAUAAUCAUGUCGCGAACACGACGGCGCAGGCGUGGACCUUAACGGUAACGAACUUGGGCUCGAAGUCGCAUCCGGAUAUUACCUAUGAACUGGAAAUUUAUCGUACUAGUAUAAAUUGCAUUACAAAUUGGCUCAGCAUUACAAAUGUAAUUUGUAAUGCGGAUUGCACUUGAUUAGUAGAUUUGUAAUGGAUGGCUGCUAUUUAGUACGACGAGUACGAUACUUUUGCAGUGCAUAUUACCACGGUGGGGAAGAUUAUGGAGAGAAAAAAGUUUGUCACAGUCACUAACUUGCAGGUUUUGCAUUACAAAUUUUCUCAGCAUCACAAACUUUCCUUGUAUUGCAGAAACACUAGGGAAAUCCCUAAUAAAGUUUGGCUGUGACGCAUUUUUACGCAUGAUAAACAAUUUUGUAUUGCAAGAAUGCGCAUGAGUGAUCGUGACGAACUUUUUUUCUUUGAUAAAGAUCAGGUUCAAUCAGUACCCGUUUCCGCUGUUGGAAACGAAUUACAGCUACGAGUCUGUAUCCUGUGCAAAAGUAUCGCACUCGUAUUGUAGUCGUGCAUUACAAGUCUUUUUGUUAAGGCAAAUCAGCAUUACAAAUCUUAUUUCUCAUGCUGAGGAAAUUUGUAAUGCAUUUAUACGAGUGCGAUACUUUUGCAAUGCAUAGUCUGAUAUCGCCGCGGAUGAUAUGCGGGUGCGAAACUUUGACAUUCCGGGGAUUCCGUCUCAACUAUAG